CCCGGAAAUAGAUAUAUCAGAGCUCGAGAGUCUUUUUUCUGCAAAUUCAGAUACAGCUGCGAAGAAAAGCACAGGUCGCCGGGGUCCUAGUAUCAGCAAACCUGACAAAGUUCAACUGGUUGACCUGCGAAGAGCAAAUAACUGUGAAAUAAUGCUUACGAAAAUAAAGAUUCCUCUACCAGAUAUGCUUAGCGCAGUUCUAGCCUUAGAUUCCUCAGCUCUGGAUAUCGACCAGGUUGAAAAUCUCAUCAAAUUUUGUCCGACCAAGGAAGAAAUGGAAUUGUUGAGGAAUUAUGCUGGUGACAAAGAAAUGCUUGGAAAGUGUGAACAGUUUUUUAUGGAACUAAUGAAGGUUCCACGUAUAGAAGCAAAGUUACGAGUGUUUGGUUUUAAGAUUACCUUUGCUGCUCAGGUGGAAGAAUUAGAAGGUUACCUGAAUACGAUAAACGCUGCUACUAAAGAGGUGAAGGAGUCUGCAAAGUUACGACAGAUUAUGCAAACAAUUUUAACACUGGGAAAUGCUCUAAAUCAAGGAACUGCGAGAGGAUCUGCUGUGGGUUUUAAACUGGACAGUCUUCUUAAAUUGUCUGAUACUCGUGCAAGAAAUAACAAAAUGACUUUAAUGCAUUACUUAUGCAAGCUUGUUGGUGAGAAAAUGCCAGAAUUGCUGGAUUUUGCUAAUGACCUUGUUCACUUGGAAGCUGCCUCGAAGAUUGAAUUGAAAACUUUGGCUGAAGAAAUGCAAGCGCUCAAUAAAGGCAUUGAAAAAAUCUUGCAAGAGCUCAUGGCUUCAGAGAAUGAUGGUGCAAUUUCUCUGGGUUUCCGGGAGGUGUUGAAGGAGUUUCUUCAUACCGCUGAAGAACAAGUUAAAUUGCUUGCUUCCUUAUAUAUGGAAUCGGGAAGAAAUGCAGAUUCCUUGUCGCACUACUUUGGUGAGGAUCCAGCUCGAUGUCCUUUCGAGCAAGUGACCAAGAUUCUGACUCUUUUCAUGAAAACGUUCAUUAAAUCUCGAGAGGAGAAUGAAAAACUAGCCGAGGCUGAGAAGAAGAAACUGGAGAAAGAAGCAAUCAAGGAGAAGUCUGCGACAAAGAAAGACGCUGCGGACAAUGACAACGAGCUUAACCUCCAAAUCCAUAGACAUAGAACAUGAACAAAAGAUCGGUCUUUAACCGAAGACCCCGAGGGUUUUGUAGGAAUGGAAUGUUGCACAUACCGAAAAAGAGCAGAGAGAUCUUUCCUAGAUCUUAGACAAAGUAGACAACUUCUAAAGAUGUUUAGAUGGAAGUGUAAACUAUCUAUGAUCACUUUCAGUGAUGUAAAAAUCAGAGGUUCGUGUUUAUGUCCCCGAGAAAAGUUAUACUAUCUUCA